AUGCUGGCCACCCUAUACAAGUCAUUUUGGAAGGAUGAGUACUGGAUACCCCCUGGGUACACUUGGGCUGAUUUGGAAGAUUCAGAUGGCAUCACAUACCCUCAUCCCAAAGACCUGCUGGCAGUCAUUCCUCUGACAUUUGUCUUAAUAGUCAUUAGAUAUGGCACUGGGAGGAUCAUAGGGCUGCCCUUGAGCAGAGCCCUGGGUGUGUGUGACCCCCUCAGGAUCAAGGCUACUCCCAACCCCAUCCUGGAGUCAUUUUUCCAGACCCAGAGUAAGAAUCCCAAAAAGGAAGAGCUGAGUGACCUGGCCAGCCAGUGCAACCUCUCUGUGAGGCAAGCUGAGCGCUGGUUUCGACGUCGAAGAAACCAAGAACGACCAUUAAUAAGCAAAAAAUUCUCUGAAUCCUGUUCGAGAUUUUUAUUUUACUCCUGUUCUUCCUUUGGAGGUUUACUUGUCUUCUACAAUGAAACCUGGUUUGGCCAGCCAGAGACACUCUGGAAUGGAUACCCUAAGCAGCCUCUACAGCCUGCCCUAUACUGGUGGUACCUCUUGCAGCUCAGCUUCUAUCUCUCCUUGCUGCUCACUCUGACCCAAGAUGUGAAGAGGAAGGACUUCUGGCAGCACAUCAUCCACCAUUUUAUGAGUAUCACUUUGAUGUUCUACUCUUAUUCUGCCAACCUUUUGCGCAUUGGUGCUCUGGUGAUUCUAUUACAUGACGUGUCAGAUGUCUUCCUGGAGGCCUGUAAGAUGCUAGUUUACGCGAAGUGGAACAUAGCUAAGGACAUCAUGUUCUUCAUCUUUGGCCUGGUGUUCCUUGUGAGCAGACUCAUUGUCUUCCCAAACAAAGUCAUCUACACUACCUACUGUGUUUUCCAGACCAACAACCAGCUCUUCUUUGGAUAUUAUUUUUCCAAUGCCCUCCUGAUGGUUGCACAGAGUCUCAAUCUCUUCUGGUCUUUCCUUAUCCUCAAAUUGUUCUUCAAGCUUUUUUCAGAAGGCCAGAUAAAGAAUGAUGUGAGGAGUGACCUAGAGGAGCCAGACCUGAGUGAUGAUGAGCAGUUGACAAUGAAACAGCAGAGUAAUGGAAGACUCCAGUUCAAUGAUGUCACACAUAUUCGGCCCCGGGGAGUUCAAAGGACUGGCCAGCUCACUGAGGCUGUCCCUGUGGCAUAA